ACCUGCAGAUGUACACACCUGUGUGCGUGCGGAAACGCGCGGACCCACAACUCAAAUUAGGCGCGGUCAUGUGGGGGGUCAUCUCGUACCUGAACAGCCCCGAUCUGGUGGCUGAUUUCCAACGGUUUUGUGGCCUGGUACCGAAAGAGACCUGCUCUUAUGUCACUCAAAAGGGACUCGUAAACGCGAACGGUUCCGGUGAGGACGGUUUGGUGAAGAUUCACCGGCGCAAAGAGCAGCAGGUGGCGAACGGGACGUUACGCGCACAGGACAGUAACUCCAAAUAUAAAUGCACCAGUUCAAAAUAUGACAACAAAGUCGGAGAGCAUCCUGGGUGUAAUUAUGAGGUGAAGAACUGGAUUUUGUACUUGCUGUUUAUGUCAUCAGCCACUCUGGGACAUGAAGUCUUUUACAUCAGCUGCCUGCCCUGCAUUCACUGGAACCUCGACCCGUUCCUGUGCAGACGCCUCGUCAACAUGUGGGCUGUGGUGAUGUAUAUUGGGCAGGUCAUGAAGGAUAUUUUAAAGCUGCCUCGUCCUUCAGCUCCCCCUGUGGUCAAAUUGGAGACGCGCGUGGAUGCAGAGUACGGAUUGCCAUCCACGCAUGCCAUGGCAGUAACAGCCAUCUCAUUUACACUGCUUUUCAGUGCUCAGGAGAGAGUGAAGUUCCACUUUGAACUGGGAUUGAUUGUGGCCGUGAUUCUGUCUACGCUGGUGUGUCUGAGUCGUCUUUAUACCGGCAUGCACUCUGCUCUGGAUGUCAUCUGUGGAACUCUAAUUUCAGCCUUCAUCAUGGCUGUAUCGUACCCUUAUUGGGGAACCUUUGACUACUUGCAGUUGCACAGCCCGUUCUCUCCUGCAGUGGCAUUGGUACUGCCCCUCUUCCUGUGUUACAAAUACCCGAAGUUGGACCAUUACAGCACCACACGGGGGGACACCACCAUUAUUUUAGGAUCUUCGGCAGGCAGCUCAGUCGGUUACUGGGUGAAUGAGAGAUUGGGCCUGACCUUCAAUCUAUCUGGGCCCCUUCCAGUAAACCUGCCACCUCUGACCCUUGUUGCCUUCAGGCUCUUUGUUGCACGGUUCCUGGUUGGGGUGGGAUUUCUGGUACUGACCCGACAGACAGUGCGAUGGGUGAGCCUGCGGGUGUUCUGCUGGGUUUACGGAGCGUCUGUGAGUGACACAGAAGCUCGCCGGAGGAAAGAGAUCGAAGUGCCUUACAAGUUUUGCACGUACACAGCCAUCGGACUGGUCAAUAGUAUCAUUGUGAACCGAGUGUUUGUAAUGAUGGGACUGUGGGAUUUGGGAAAUGGGAUUUCUGUGUAGUUUUACUGAGACAGAAAUCGGUGUUAACAAACAUGAUACUCGGGGGAAUUCCACUCCAUAAACUUUAGGAGCAUUGAGCAGGAUUUGUUAAAUCUAGUACUGUAGUAAGUUUUGAGACAGAAAUCAGUCUUAACAAACAUGAUACUCGGGGGAAUUCCACUCCAGCAGGAUUUGUUAAAUCUAGUACUGUAGUAAGUUUUGAAAUCAUAUUGAAAAUUGCAUUCAAAAUUUUUCAUUUGGAAAAUUGAUUUUCCAUGUUGUCACCAAUUAUUACGGAAGCCCUGAACCGCAAGGUGAAAAAAACAAACAAAAAAAACGGUGUCGUUCCUGAGCCUAAGUCUUAAAUUUGUUUCUCUCUUCAAACUCUUCAAGUGCACAACUUACCACACGCCCCACUGAGUGAGAACCACUAAUCGCUACCACGAGGAGGUUACCCCAUGUGACUCUACCCUCUUAGGUUGCUUAGGAGAUCUGGCUGUAGUCACUCAGCACGCCCUGGAUUCGAACUCGCGACCGCAGGCUGGUAGUCAGCGCCAAUACUCUCUGAGCUACCCAAUACCUCUAUUCCUAAGUGCUACAACUGCCUUCUUUUGUUAUAUUUUAUUAUAGUAUAUUUGUUUCUUACCAUGCGAUUCAAACUUUAUAUUUAUUUCAAUCUACUAAAAAGCAGAUUUUGUACUUUGAGCUGCUCGGCACAAGGUUCAUAACAUGUGUUUAUGAGCCCACUAGACACUGUGAAAGGAAUGAAUUAACAGUAAAAAUCACCCUUGAGAAAAAUGUCUUCUCCAACUGUUUGUUUUAAAGUUUUACAAUGUUGAUUUGGUAAAGACUGUUUGUAGUACUGGGCUUGAAAGGGUUUAACAGUCUUUUUAUGACUCCUCAAUAUCUACAAACACUACAAAAACCGCAAACUUGCCUCUCAUGUACCCACAAACUCUCACACAUACAGUGUACACACAGACGAUCCUUUCAUACACAAAAAUUAAAGACUGAUUAUAAUAGUCUCUAAUAACUUUCUCACAUAAACAUACAUGAAUACAACCAAACACGCUCUAACACCAAAGACAUGUAGUGACCAAAAAUGUUAAACAAAUCUAAACUAUCUUCUUUCAAAAUUACAACCCUUUGUCUAAAUUCCAGCUUUAUUCUCUCAACCAACUUCAUGAGGUUAAAAGUAUUAAAGGAGUUCACGUGUAUGCUUUGUAACAUGUAACAUUUAUGCAUAAGCCUUUCAGAUCAAAAGGGUUUUAAGAUCCUGAGAAACUCAAAUUCAGUAAAGUGUGUCCAAAUGUUUGUCUGGUGGUGUAUAUCUAAUUGAAAUCAGGUGCAGCUAGUCUCUCUUGCCCUGACAUGUCUGAUAACCUGUUCAAACAGACUCUUUCUCACAUCUGUCAUCUCCACCCAUUCACUGAUUUUGUCUUGUUUAAUCAGUAUACCUGGUUAGAACCAGGCCCCUCUGUUUAACAGGUAGCACAGCCUAAAAUAUACUCUGCAAAUGACUUGCAUGUUUACAUGCACACCAAAACAAAACUAUCAAAAAUCUGCUUAUUUAUAAAAUCCAACAAAGGGAUAAAAUCAUGUUUCCGUGAAAUUUGACAUAGUCAUUAUAUUCUCUGCUUUUGAGGUUUUGAACACUUUGUUGUGCUUAAAUCUGACCCCCGCUAGAUUCUUACGCCCCGCUACUUGAUUGGUCCCUAUCCUGAAAGCCCACCCCUUACCAUAGUAGGGAGUCUUUGGUCCCUAACCAUAAGGAUACUAGGAAGUCAGCAAUCGGGCAGAAUAUAGCUGCAGGCUGAGAUCCAAAAAAGGGCGGGAGCUCCAAACCGCCAGCAAAAACUUACAGAGCCCCUUACCAUGAACUUUUUGGAGUGGGCCGAACCCCCUUCUGGAGUAACCCCACUCACUUUCGGACUUUCCGCACCCGUUUGGAGAUCCCCGUGCUGCAGCAAUACCUAAUUGCAGAAAUCGACAUGGCAUUGGUAAAAACACAGGUAAAAGUGUUUACAUACAACACAAAAUCAGGGCAAUGGCCAAAAAUUGACUUUUUAAAAUUGGUUUAUGCUUAAACCGUUUAAGCCUCAGAAACAUAGGAAAGCAGAAUUGUAAUGUUUGCAUAAAGUAAUUAAAUAACUUAUUAUAUUCAAUAAAUAUAGGCAAAAACUACACCUAACAAUUGAUGACACUCUAAACUGUAUAAAAUCUGUAGCUAUGGCAGAAAAGAAAAUUGCAGAGCCCUUUCAGUGACAUUUGCGAUGGGAAAAUCCAGAGAUUUCUGCACGCGCACAAGAAACUUUCACAUGCGAACGAAAGAAUUGGUUAGAUAUUUCUGAGUACGCACUAGCGACUUUCACAUGUGAACAAGAAAAUUGCUAGAAACUUCUGAGCGUGCUCUAGAAACUUUAACGUGCAAAUGAGAAAAUUGCUAGAAACUUCUACGUGCAAAUUAGAAAAUUGCUAGAAACUUCUGAGCAUGCUCUAGAAACUUCUACGUGCGAAUUAGAAAAUUGCUAGAAACUUCUGAGCAUGCUCUAGAAACUUCUACGUGCAAAUUAGAAAAUUGCUAGAAACUUCUGAGUGUGCGCACGGGAAAGUUUAUCGUGCUUACUCGUACGUGAAAGUUUCUACUGCGCACUCAGAAGUUUCUUGCAAUUUUCUAGCAAGAAAACGUUCACGUGCUUACAAAUUAGUUUGUGACACAGUGGAAUUUGGAUUGAAAGUUUAUGACGUUUUUCAAAAGUUCGCAAAAUGGACGAAGAGUUUGUUGACCUUUUAUAAUCGACAGAAGUUCCUCAAGGUUUGCUUGCUAAAUUGUCAGCUUGUUAACUUUCCCAAUUCACACAAAAAGGAAAAAGGCUUUUUGACACAAUUGCGAACACCUUUUGAACAACUUCUGGAAUUUACUUGAAGUAUUUGAUCUAAAAUAUUUGUUUUCUUAAUUGCCAACAUGUAUACUGAUGUUUACAUACCCCAUAAAUAUACA